UUAGUACCGAUUCAGCUGGCUCGUGUGAGGGGAACGCUAAACCAGAAAAGGGUGCCUAUUUGCCAACAAAAUGGAUCCCGUCCUUGCCCGCGAGAAUCCUACAAGCGUCCUACGGUCCUACCAAUCCUUUGCAGCGGUAGAAGUGACACACAUAUCCAUGCGGCCCUGCGGAUAGCGACGCCUAGCCCCACCGCCGAGAUCAUGCAGAGGCUAUGUUCGAGUCCUUUUUUUUUUCUGGCUGCACUGAGCUGUAACCCCAGCUAUGCUCAUCAUAGGGGCGCCUCUCAGGACGUAAACUACGGGCAGAUAUUUGCAUCCCCCGCAACAUCUCAUGGAUUAUUAUAA